CCGAGGUCCCACAUACCCCACAGCUGCUUCAUUAUAUAUUCAUCAUUCAUACGAGUACUGCACUCAACUACUAUUUUAAGCCGCACUGUGUGUGUGCAUGUUUCUGGACUGACUGAGGCUGGGCGCUGGCAGAUGGGCAGGCUGGCUAUAGUGAGCUGCCUCUGAAAGUGAAAAGACGGUGAAAGUGAAAGGAGGGCUACAUAUCUGUGAAAAAAGCAGUGCCCACACAGACAAGACAACAGAGGGAGAGAGAGGCCCCGGGUCGAGCUUGAAGGCAGCAGCAGCAGCAGCUCAGCAGACACAGCCAUGGCGAACAUCGCGGUCCAAAGGAUCAAGCGGGAGUUCAAAGAAGUUCUCAAAAGCGAGGAGACAAGUAAAAACCAGAUAAAAGUAGAUUUGGUGGAUGAGAACUUCACAGAGCUGAGAGGGGAGAUAGCGGGUCCUCCAGAUACACCAUAUGAAGGUGGCAGGUAUCAGCUUGAAAUAAAAAUUCCAGAAACAUAUCCUUUUAACCCACCAAAGGUGCGCUUCAUCACGAAGAUCUGGCACCCUAAUAUCAGUUCUGUGACAGGAGCAAUAUGUCUGGACAUAUUAAAAGACCAGUGGGCAGCUGCUAUGACCCUGCGGACGGUGCUGUUGUCUCUACAGGCUCUGCUCGCUGCAGCAGAACCAGAUGAUCCACAGGAUGCAGUAGUAGCAAACCAGUAUAAGCAGAACCCAGAAAUGUUCAAACAGACCGCAAGGCUGUGGUCUCACGUCUAUGCAGGUGCUCCUGUCUCCAGUCCUGACUACACACGCAAAAUAGACAAACUCUGUGCCAUGGGCUUUGAUAAGAAUGCAGUAAUAGCGGCCUUAUCCUCAAAAUCCUGGGAUGUGGAAACGGCAACAGAGCUGCUCCUUAGCAACUGAAACCCAGCCAGAUGUGAGGAUCUCCAAACUCCCUUCAUCAUAGCAUCAGCUCCUCCCCCCAGCGCCAUUCCGCCAUUGCCUUUUGUUACACAGACAGUACCCCCCCCCCCCCCCCCCCCGCCCAUUCGCCACAGCAGUCUGAGCCUUCUUUUAUCACAAGUUUGUUCGCUACAAACUCAACACCGGUAGCACCGCAGUCGCCAAUAUGCACACCGCCCUGUUGCCUGUCUGACCCCAUCUGUCCAUCGUGCUAUGAGUCUUUUUUUCCCCCACUAACUAAAAUGUGUAUCCCUGUAAUAAGCCCACAAACCCUUGCAGUCACACAUCUCGUCUUCCAUGCCCUUAAUCAUAACUUUUUUUUCUUGUUUCUGUGCUCCUUUUAAUAUUGCAAAGACUCAAGUAACUGCCACUGCCUGGUAGAAUAUCCAGGGUGAAAUGUGAAGGAAAUCCUGCACACUGCUCUCACAGUACAUCAUGUACUCCUUCAGUGGCAAGUUGUAUUUUCUGUCACACAGUUAUGGACAUUUCACGCUGAAGGUAUAGCUGGAUUACAUUUACUUGACUGGAUCGUGUUCUGCAUGAGCAGUGUAAAGGAUUUUCCCUGAACAGUUUACCAUAGAUGCUUCAAUCAUCUGCAGAGGUUUUUCCUUUUUUCUUUUUUCCUGUCUGUGGAAUUAGAAAAGGUCACACGUCACCUCUGUCACCUGCACACAUGCACAGAAGAAAAAAGUUAUCUGUAAAUAGAUAGUGUAAAUUUGAAAAUACAAUGGGGAUAUACUUUUUUUCUUACAUGGCAUUGUAAAACAAAUUAUUUUAAAUAUAAACUAUGCCUAGUUUACAAUGAUAUGGGGAGAUACCUUUUUAUGCUUUUUGUGAUCCAUGAGAAAUCCCUCUGAAUGUCCUGUUGUUGGGUUUUUCUUGUUUUUUUUUUUCUUGAGAUUGUUUAGGGGUGACACAGCCAAUAUAUCCUGGCCCUAAUGGUGUAGGAAGUGACAGCCAGCUCAGGCCCCUGUAGAUCAUUACACACCACCUUCUCUGCCACAUAAUCCAAUCUUUUUUUUUUUUUUUUUUUUUUUGUCCCUGCAUGUUCCACGCUGCCUUUCUUUUAUUUGGCCAAAUGAUGUCAUGGGGCGUCUGUCCAAUUUAACAUCCCGUCAGACUUGUGGAACUGUGUGAGACUCUUUCUAAUUUGUAGAAAGAGCCACCUGGACCCUCUGCUCGGCAAUCCACUCAGCACACACCCAUUUCGGCAUGACACCUGUAGGGAACCAAAGCCUCUUUUUUUUUUCUUUUUUUUCUCGUUAAUUUUACAAGUAUGUUGCUGGAAAAUUCUCUUAUGCUCUGAACAGGUUUUUUUUCCUGGAACAUUUACUGGACAACACCUCAAGAAAUGAGUGACUCUGAAUGUUAAGGUUUUGAGUUUGCAAUGCUGUGUUUUUGUUUUUUUUCACUCAUUUCAGAGCAAUCAGUAUCAACUAUAGACACGUUCUUUUUUUUAGCCACAGAGUAAG